AUGUCAAGUACAAGAUCAUUUGAAGGUGAUAUAACAACGUCUUCUUCUUCUCAUAAAAGUAUAGAAUACUAUGACGAUUCAAUUCAUACAAAUACUGUUCCUUCUUCACCGUUUAAUUUCCUAACUCCUUCUCAAGCAAGAACUUCAACUUUUUCAUUAGAUUCUUCUAUAACUACUAUCAAUAAUAUAAAAGUUAUUUGUCGAUUUCGACCUGAAAAUGACAUUGAAUUGAAUAAUGGUGGUAGUUCAAUAGUUGAGUUCCCAAAUAGUCAAACUGUAACAUUACAUGGAAAAGAUUAUACUGGUCAAUAUACUUUUGAUCGAAUUUUUCCUCCUGAUUCUUCACAAUUGGAUAUUUAUCAAUUUUCUAUUGCUGAAACUGUUGAUGAUUUAAUUAAUGGAUAUAAUGGUACUGUCUUAGCUUAUGGUCAAACGGGUUCUGGUAAAUCUUAUACCAUGUUGGGAGGUAAUAAUGCCAAUAAUAAUUUUAUGAAUGAUCCUGAAACGUUUGGUAUUGCUCCAAGAAUAUCUCAUGAAAUAUUUGAAAGAAUAACUGCUAAUGAAAUGGAGUCAAAUGAAGUUGAAUAUACUGUGGAAAUUUCAUUUAUGGAAAUUUAUUUGGAACAAAUUAAAGAUUUAAUUGAUGUCAAUAAUGAUGAAGAUUUUACUAUUCAUGAAGAUAAAUCAAAUGGUAUUUAUGUUAAAGGAUUAACUACUAAAACUGUUACUAAUGAAUUGGAAUUGUUAAAUUAUCUUGAAAAUGGUUUAAAAUAUCGAUCAAUUUCUUCAACUCAUAUGAAUCAAGAAUCUUCAAGAUCACAUACUAUUUUCCAUAUUAAAUUGACUCAAAAACAUGUUGAAACUGAAACUAUUAAACGUUCAAAUUUAUUUUUAGUUGAUCUUGCUGGUAGUGAAAAAAUUGAUAAAACUGGUGCUCAGGGUCAAACGUUACAAGAAGCUAAAAAAAUUAAUAGUUCGUUAUCUGCUUUGGGUAAUGUGAUUAAUGCUUUAACUGAUGGUAAAUCAACUCAUAUUCCUUAUAGAGAUUCAAAAUUGACAAGAAUUUUACAAGAAUCAAUUGGUGGUAAUUCAAGAACUUCAUUGAUUAUAAAUUGUUCACCUUCAUCAUUUAAUGAAUUGGAAACUUUAUCAACACUUCGGUUUGGUACUAGAGCUAAAUGUAUUAAGAAUAGUGCUCAUGUUAACACAGAAUUGAGUACUGCUUCUUUGAAGAAUAAGAUUAUUCAAUUGGAAAAGAUUAAUCAAAAUAAUCAAGCCUAUAUUAAACAAUUGGAAGAUGAGUUAUCUUCUAGUAGAUCAGUGUCAUCCCCUCUGAUGUUUUCAAUGUUGAGAAGUAGUACAACAAGUGCUGCCACGUCAAUAGCUACCAAACCAAGUAUGGCUACAUUUCAAUCAAGAUUACCAACUAUGCCAUCAUCGGCUUCAGUCAUUUCAUCUACUGCACCAAGUAUCAAAUCAACUACAUCUCAUGUUAAUAUGAGUGAGGAAUUGGAUCGUCGAGAUAAAAAAAUUGAAGAGUUGGAAAAUGUUAUAUUGAAUUUAAAAAUGGCUAAUUUGAAAACAUCACAUCAAGAGGAGAGUAAAUUAUUUUCAUUGGAGAAUUCAUUGCAUAAUAUUAGUAAUAAAUUGAAUGAAGUUGAAUUGAUUAAUGUUAAUUUAAGAAAACAUUUAUUGAUUAGUGAAAAAAUCAUUGAAAGCAGAGAUAAUAAGAUUAAUAAAUUGAAACUUGCUUUGAAGGAUCAACAAUUGUUAAUUGCUAGAGAAACAAUGGGAUUUAAAAAUAGAUUGGGAGAGAUUCAAAUCAAAUUGGAAGAUUUGAAUAAAUAUAAAGAAGAAGAGAUGAGUAUUAAAAGAGAAACAUUAUUAUUACAAAGACAACAAAGUGUUUCAAGUUCAAGAGAUGUUAGUUCUGCAGCAACUAUAAGACCGGAUAAGAAUCGUUCACCCGAAGAUGAUUCACAAAGUAUUUCUGAAAUUAAACCUGAUCCAGAAUUGAUUGAUCAAUCAUUUGAUGAUUUAGAUCAUUCCAAAACAUUGGUUAAUUCAUCAAAUGAACAAUUGAAACGUAGCUAUAGUGAUGGAUCAAUGCAUGAAGGAUUUUCAAUAUAUUCAUCUCAAAAAUUGGAUGAUUUAAAACCAAUUAAUUUUCAACAAGAAUAUAUUUCAAUUAGUGAUUUUUUAAAAGAAAGUAGAAGAAGAUCAUUAUUAAUGGCACCUCCAACAAUUGCCAGUGCAUCAGAAAUUCCAUCACCAAAAAUUCCUGAAUUGAAUGAUAGUUCAGAUACUUCAGGUAUGUUUAAAAAUGAAGAAUAUGAAAAUAAUUUAUCACCAUCUGGUAAAUUACGUAAAAAUCGUCGUCGUAAUUCAAGUUCAGUUAGUUUGAAUAAAAAAAUCGUUAGACCUUUAAAAGGAGCUCAUUCAUUUGGUUUAUUCAGUUCAUAA